GAGAGGGACAGUGAGGAAGGAGAAAGUUUUAGAGGAAGCGUGUGUGACAGAGAGAACAUAAGAAGAUGAGAAUUGACAUUUGAGGAGAGCUAAUGGUGUCUCACAUGGCCACAUGGAUUCACACAAUGAGCAUGCACAGCAACAGAUAACGUACAAAACAUAUCGGGAUAACUGAUCCGAGAAGGAGAUUCCAAGUCUGGAUUGGACCAUUUCAGCUAAAGGGUUGGAUUGGACCAGAUCCUGUUGCGGUUCUGAAGGAGCUGUUUCCCAGAAGACUCGAAUCAACUGGCAACUGCUGGUUAAACAUCCUGGACUUACGGGAUCUACAAGUUCUCAAAAUAGAGGGAUUAACUAACAUCAAAACACAACUACAGUGGAGCGGGACCCAUCUUUCCUGCUUUGCCGGCUGCGCAGUGCUGAGUGUGGAUAUUUGUGAUUGAUGAGUCAGUGUGAUCUCUCAGCAGAAAGGUGAGUGUAUGUACCAGUCUGGACAGUUUGAGAGAUUUCCCCCGUGUUUGUUACACUUUAUGUCUGUGCAAUGCUAUGAUUCAUCAACACAGAAAUAGAAUUCAGAAAGUCCCCACCAAGUCUGGGGGUGGCGGCAGAAAUAAUGCAUCCAAAACCCGGAGCCCAUCCACCCAACACCAGGUUACAAUAGACACCUUAAAACUCCUGAGCACCCGGAUAUCCUGCCACAUGUUUAUCAAGGUCUCUGCAAGUUUCAAGAUUGUUUGAGUAGGAAAGCAGAGACAUUAGUUUAUCAUUGAAGAAGCUUUCCAGCGACAUAACAGUGUGGUGGACCGACAUAAAGACUGCUUUAUGAGAGAGGUGAGAUAUCUUCAAGACAAAGACUCCAAGCUGGACUGUGGGUGUCACAAUCACAUCUUUUGCACGAGGACACUCCUCGGUUUAGUUUUUUGUUGGGACUGGCUUGAACUUGAGCUAAAACUUUAAGCCGUUUAGACUUUAAACUCCACAUCAUCCUCUCCUGUGAAACCAGUGGACCUUCAGAAUCGCUUUGGGGGCCUGAAGGCUUUACGUCUUAAAGAUCUCACUGUAGACUUUAUUUCCCAGUUAUGGAUUCACAGGGGGGUCCUUACCUCAACAAGAGGGCCCUCUGCUCGCCUCUGGGCGCUGCCCGCCUCUGUCAAUUGGCUAUGGGCUGUGCUGUGAUUGCCAUGGUAACCCACAGUGCCGGCUACAGCGGUUCACAUGGUGUGUUCUGUAUGGCGGCAUGGUGCUUCUGCUUCGCCAUGUCGGUCGUGGUGUUCUUCCUGGAUGCUACUCGUCUCUACAGCUGCCUACCCGUAUCCUGGGACAACCUCACUGUCACAUGUGCUGCCUUUGCGACGCUCAUGUAUGUGACAGCCUCUGUGGUCUACCCGCUCUUCUUUGUCCGAUCCGAGUGCCCCUACGCUGGCUGUGAUGUCCGAAAUUUCCGCAUUGCUGUGACCGUCUGCUCCAUCCUGGGUACUCUGGCCUAUGGUGCUGAAGUGGCCUUGUGCCGAGCCAGGCCAGGCCAGACUGUGGUGGGCUACAUGGCCACCGUGUCCGGCCUCCUCAAAGUCGUUCAGGGCUUUGUGGCCUGCAUCAUCUUUGGAGCUUUGGCCAACAGGAGCGAGUAUUCCCGUUAUGUCGCCACAAUCUACUGCGUUGUCGUCUACGCUUUCUGCUUCACUCUGACUGCUCUCGUGGUCGUAAUGACUGUGUGCGGGCGGACCAAGGCCGUGCGCUGCAUGUCCUUUGACCGCUUCGUGGUGGUCUGCACCCUCCUGGAAGUUCUGCUCUACCUGAGUGCAUCAGUGGUGUGGCCGGUUUUCUGCUUUGACAAUAAAUAUGGAUCUCCAUGGAGACCGUCGUCAUGCCCUCAGGGCAACUGUCCGUGGGACAGCAAGGUUGUGGUGGCUGUGUUCUCCUUUGUCAACUUUGGACUGUAUGUGGCUGACCUGAUCUACUCUCAGAGGAUGCGAUUGGUCUCCUCACAUACUAGAUCACGAGUGUAGCAGCAUAUGGAAGCACCUUUCACAUUACUGGCUUAACAGGUUUAAGUUAUUUAUCUGCUUCACUGUUUAUUGUGUUUGUGCAUUUUUUUGAUACUUAAAGACAAAAAAUAUUGAGAGGGAGAGAGGAGUCAGUCCCAGGAUACCACGGGUGCUGCACAUGGUCUACUGUUGAGGCUCCCAGACACCCCGAAUGUGAAAGCACUGUGGAAUGUGAACAAGGAAUGUUACCACUACAACCCUUCUACCACACCCCACAGAGGUGACACCCCAUCUCUUUAACUCACCCCUCUUGCAGUCUGAAAGAUUUUGGGAGAACAGCCAGCCUCAUCGAAGCAGCCAGAGUCUAUAAACCAGCCAAAUCCUCAUAAACCAAGACACUCCUUCUAUUCUUGACCUGCGGCAUAACACACACACAC